AUUACAUACAUCAUCGUUUGUUUUUUUCAACUAUAAAAUAAAGAUCUCACGCGGCAUGAAUUUCUCUUUGGAGAAAUGAAUUUCUGUUUGGAGAAAAGUCAUCAUCGUCAUGAUUUCCUCUGUUUCACAUUCUACAUAAACCAAGCAAAAGUCGAAUAACACAAAUUCUGCAACUUUUUGUUCGUGACACCGCACCGAAGAGCGAGCGCAUCAUAGCUUCCUUUAGAGUCAAGCAAGAAUCUCUCUCUCUCGUGCACAAAAGUUGCGGUCUUUAGUCUGAUAGAUAUGUCUAGUAUCUUCAGAGACAGAGGGAGGUCCAUGGGAGGCUCCAAGCGACACAAUUACAUAACCAUGCCAAUUUACCCUAUCCAGUCUCUUCCCUCACCCUUCGGUGAUCCGGCUCCGAAUUUGUCCGACUCGGAGCUCCGAGAAACCGCCUACGAGAUCCUGAUCGGCUCAUGCCGGUCUUCUGUAAGUAGGUCGUUGACUUACAUCUCGCAGUCCGAGCGUGCUGAGAAGGCGACGGCCGCCGCCGCUCCGGUGGCUGGGACUUCGCUGCAGCGGACGCUUUCUUCGGCCGCCGCGAGCAAGGUGAAGAAGGCUUUGGGGAUGAAAUCGGCUUCGACUAAGAAGAGAAGCGGAGGUGACUCAGUGAGUCAGGGGCAGGGCAACUCGACGGGUCAAGAGGGAACGAGGAAGAUGACGACUGUUGGGGAAUUGGUGAGGGUGCAGAUGAGAGUGUCGGAGCAGAUGGAUUCUAGGGUUAGGAGAGCGUUUUUGAGGAUUGCUUCUGCUCAGCUCGGGAGACGCUUUGAGUCAAUUGUUCUGCCGCUUGAGCUAUUGCAGCAACUCAAAUCUUCAGACUUCCCUAGCCUCCAAGAACAUGAAGCUUGGCAAAGGAGAAAUUUGAAGCUUCUUGAAGCUGGACUCCUUUUACACCCUCACUUGCCCAUAGAUAAGAGGGACAGUGCAUCACGGCAGCUCCAACAGAUUAUUCGCGGGGCGCUAGAAAAACCCAUGCAAACCGGAAAGCACAAUGCAUCAUUGCAAGCUCUUCGGGAUGCUGUUAUGUCUCUUGCCUGUCGAUCAUCUGGAGGGGCUGCUUCUGAGAUGUGUCAUUGGGCAGAUGGGAUCCCAUUUAACCUAAGAGUUUACCAGAUGCUCUUGGAGGCUUGUUUUGAUAUUAAUGAAGAAACAACUGUGAUUGAUGAGGUUGAUGAGGUUUUGGAACUCAUAAAGAAGACUUGGGUAACCCUUGGAUUGAACCAGAUGAUGCAUAAUCUCUGCUUUUUGUGGGUUUUGUUUCACCGUUAUGUCACAACUGGCCUUGUAGAAAGUGACCUAUUGUUUGCAGCCAAUAAUCUUAUGGAGGAAGUUGAGAAAGAUGCAAAGGAAACUAAGGAUCCAGUUUACGCUGAGAUCUUAAGCUCUAUAUUAAGUUCAAUCUUGGAUUGGGCAGAGAGAAGACUUCUUGCAUACCAUGAUAGUUUCCAUAGUGAUAAUAUUGAACUGAUGCAAAACGUCAUUUCCCUUGCGGUUUUAUCAGCAAAAACAUUGGCAGAAGCCAAUGAGUAUCAUAGGAAUAGGAAAGAUGUGGAUGUGGCUUGCUCCAGGAUUGAUUCCUACAUAAGAUCAUCAUUACGCGCAGCCUAUUCUCAGAAAGUGGAGAAGCUGAAUUCAAGCAAAAAAUCUUCUACAAAACAGCAGAAUCCUCUUCCUCUCCUUUCUAUUCUUGCGCAAGAAGUUAGCCAAAUGGCCUUCAGUGAGAAGGCAAUGUUUAGUCCAAUAAUGAAGAGAUGGCAUACUCUUGCCGCUGGUGUGGCCGUGGCCACUCUUCAUUCUUGUUACAGGAAUGAGCUGAAGCAAUUUGUUUCUGCUGUUAGUGAGUUGACACCUGAUGCAAUACAAGUGCUGAGAGCUGCUGACAAACUGGAGAAAGAUCUUGUGCAGAUUGCAGUUGAAGAUGCAGUGGACAGUGAGGAUGGUGGCAAGUCCAUAAUACAAGAGAUGCCACCUUAUGAGGCUGAGGCUGUAAUUGCCAACCUUGUGCGGUCAUGGAUUAAGACAAGAGUUGACAGACUCAAGGAAUGGGUUGACAGGAAUCUGCAGCAAGAGGUAUGGAAUCCACGGGCGAAUAAAGAGCGAUUUGCUCCUUCAGCAGUUGAAGUGCUACGAACUGUAGAUGAAACUUUGGAGGCAUUCUUCCUUUUGCCAAUACCUAUGCAUCCAGUCUUGCUGCCUGAAUUGCUGAUGGGUCUUGACAUAUGUCUUCAAAACUACAUAUCAAAGACAAAAUCUGGCUGUGGGUCUCGUAGUACGUUCACUCCCACUUUGCCUGCUUUAACAAGAUGUUCCAUUGGGUCAAAAUUUCAUGGUGUUUUUAGAAAGAAAGAUAAAUCACAUAUAACCCAGAGGAGGAAAUCUCAGGCUGGGACUACAAACGGAGACUCUUUUGGGAUACCCCAAUUAUGUGUACGCAUUAAUACUUUGCAGCAUAUUCGAAUGCAGCUGAAUAUCUUGGAGAAGAGGACAAUCACCCAGCUUAGGAACUCAGAAUCCACUCGUGUUGAUGAGAUUGCAAAUGGGAUGGGGAAAAGGUUUGAGCUUUCAGUUGCUGCUUGUGUGGAAGGGAUUCAACAACUUUCUGAGGCUACAGCUUACAAGGUUGUCUUCCAGGAUCUAAGUCAUGUCCUCUGGGAUGGUUUAUAUGUUGGGCAUGCUCCUUCUUCCAGGAUUGAACCUUUUCUACAAGAGCUUGAACAGUAUUUGGAAAUUAUAUCUUCUACAGUGCAUGAUAGAGUCAGAACGCGUGUUAUUACUGAUAUAAUGAAAGCAUCAUUUGAUGGAUUCUUGUUGGUUUUACUUGCUGGAGGCCCUUCCCGUGCUUUUUCUUUGCAAGAUUCUGAAAUACUUGUGGAGGAUUUUAAGUUUCUCACCGAUCUCUUCUGGUCUAAUGGAGACGGACUGCCAGCUGAUAUAAUAGAUAAGUCGUCAAGCACUGUUAAAAGUAUCCUUCUCUUGUAUCAAACUGAUUCUGAGAGCCUUGUCGAGGGAUUUAAAUGUAUGAUCCUUGAAAAUUAUGGCUCUGCUGCUAAAUCUAGGCUGCCACUGCCACCAACACCAACUUCAGCUCACUGGAAUCAUACUGAGCCAAACACGCUCUUGCGAGUUCUGUGUCACCGGCAUGAUGAGACAGCUGCAAAGUUCCUCAAGAAAACUUACAAUUUUCCAAAGAAACUGUAACUUAUUCCAUUGAGAAAAACACUGCAGGGGCGCUCCUUUUAACUUACCAGUUACAAGCAUUUAACAUUUAUCAUUGAGACAUCAGUAGCUCCUGCAACUUAUGGUUGGUCCUAUUUCAGAGGAAUGUGCCUGUUGAGACUAGUAGCAUAACUGUAUAGUUAACUAUACUGGCAGGGAUAGCAUCUUGCCAUAGGGCACUAACAACAUGCCUCUCCACAAGAAGCGUUGAGACGAGUAUAAUGAGUAUCUUCAGCCUUCUUUAUACCAUCUUUUUGAUGCCAUUUGUGUAUAUACUUCUGGAUAUGGAAUUUGGCCGUGUAGGAUAGAGUUAUCAACAUAUAGCAAGUAAGUGUGUGUUUUAAAUUUGUGGUCUAGAACUGAGAUGUAGUAUUUAAUGAUUGAAGUGAGUGGUGUGUGCCUGUACGAGUACAUUCUUUCAAGGGAAUGCAAAAGCCAAGUGUUAUUUUUUGAUGA